AUGACAGAUAAUCAAGAAGCCAAAGAAGGGAAUUCAUUCGAGCCCACUAGCAUCAUCACCGAUAGUCAAGCAACAAUAACUUCUAAACCCAAGAACUCCUGGUGGUGGAUUAGAGUGGCUCUCUACUCACUCUUUGUUCUCUCUGGCCAAUCGGUGGGCACUCUUCUUGGGACGCUAUACUACAAAAAAGGAGGCAACAGCAAGUGGCUUGCCGCGCUUGUCCAGCAUGGGGCCUUCCCAAUCCUCCUCCUCCUCUACUUGAUCCCCACACCCAAACAACCAUGCGACCCUAAUAACCCACACAUCCAAACAAACCCACAAGCUCAAUCUCAAGCUCAAUCACAGGAGCCAUCUCUCAAGGGCCUUGCCCUUGUUUACCUCUCUCUAGGAACAAUUGUGGCCCUAAAUGGCUAUUUAUACUCAGUUGGCCUCUUGUACCUCCCUGUCUCCACCUACUCCCUCAUUUGCUCCUCCCAGUUGGCCUUCAAUGCCCUUUUCUCCUUCUUCCUAAAUGCCCAAAAGUUCACCCCCUACAUCAUCAACUCUCUAGUCCUCCUCAUAACCUCCUCAACCCUCCUCGUGUUCCAAUCAAAUUCAGAAGACCCCAAGGGGGUUUCCGCAGGGAAAUAUGCACUGGGGUUUGUGUGCACCAUUUUAGCAUCAGCUGGUUAUGGGCUUCUGUUAUCCUUAGACCAACUUUGCUUUAGGAGGAUCAUAAGAAAAGAGACGCUUAGGGCGGUUUUGAACAUGAUUGUGUACCCAUCUUUAGUGGCUAGUGCGAUUUUUGUGGUAGGGUUGUUUGGGAGUGGUGAGUGGGAGCAUUUGGGGAGAGAGAUGGAGUAUGAGCUUGGCAAGGUGAGCUAUGUGAUGAACUUGGCCGGGACGGCAAUUGCUUGGCAAGUGUUCACCAUGGGCACAGUUGGGUUGGUAUUAGACUCGUCAUCUUUGUUCUCAGACUCGAUUAGCGUGGUGGGCUUGCCGAUUGUGCCCAUUUUUGCAGUCAUGUUCUUCGGGGACAAGAUGGAUGGGGUCAAGGUAAUAGCUAUGAUCUUGGCCAUUUGGGGGUUCGUUUCUUAUGUCUACCAAUACUAUUUGGAUGGUGCCAGGUUGAAGGCUCAAAGGACGAGCGUUGGUGGGGAUGGAAAUUAGUGUGAGAUCGGCACUAAAUGUUCCAAUUGCAAGGGUUGGUGGAUGAUUAAAGAUGGUGGAUUGUUUUAGUUUGUGUUUGGCCAAGUUUAAGUAGAGAGAGGUAAUUUCUUAUUGAAACCA